AUUUCAUUGACUUCUCUUCCAAAACAUUUGGUUGAAAACACAGUCUAUGUCGUUGACUCCGUGAAGUCAGGAACUGGUAGAUCUACUGCUAAAGACUUGUACAAACAAGUAAUAAAGCCGGUUUUUGAUUUGUUGAAGAUCAAACAUCACUACGUAGCUACGACAUCUGCACUGUCAAUUUCAGACCUUGCCAAGUCCUUUGAUAGCACAUUUUCUUCCACAGUACUUUUCAUCAGUGGGGACACUUCUGUCAACGAAUUUGUGAACAAUUUGCCUCAAAACAACAAUCUGGCUGAAAUUAGCAUAUUUCCAUUUCCACUGGGAACAGGCAACAGUUUGGCCCUCUCAUUAGACCUUACUGAUGAGAUCUCGGCUUUGCGUAGAUUAAUUGUGCCCACUUCUACUGUUUCUCCUUUGAAUCUAUACGAGGCUAACUUUCCCAAGGGAUCGUACUUUCUUGUCCAAGAUGAGAAAACAGAUGAGAUCACAAGUUCAUUAAAGUUUUUGGUUGUGACAUCAUGGGCUUUCCAUGCUUCUCUUGUAGCCGAUAGCGACACUCCGGAGUUAAGAAAACAUGGUUUGGAGAGAUUCAAAUUGGCUGCCUAUUCGAACUUGUCUCAAGAGCAAAAGUACGAAGGUCAGUUUUCCAUCGACAAUGAACUUGUAGAUGGCCCAUUUGCUUACUGGUUGUUGACUUCUUCCCAGAGAUUCGAGCCUACAUUUGAAAUCCUGCCCAAGGGAGACAUCUUCGAAAGGAGCUUGUUCUUGGUAUCAUUCAACACUGAAGACGACAAAGACUACAUCAUGGGCAUCAUGGGAGAGGUCUACAAUAAGGGCAGUCAUAUCGAUAACGACAAGGUCACCUACAAGAAGAUCACUGCGGAUCUGAAGCACAUUGUAUUGAGUACGAAAAACAGUAAGGACAUAAGGAAGAGAAGGUUCUGCCUAGACGGGAGUAUCAUCGCUUUGCCAGAUGCCAAUGAACACGAGGUUUCUUUCCGUGUAAGCGGAAAUAAUCAGUUCAACUGGAACUUAUAUAUAAUUCAUUAG